GAUAAUUCUCUCUGGUGUCGACUCCCAGUGCGCAGCCGCAGCCCGGGUGACGAAGAUGGUGCUCAUCAAGGAAUACCGCGUAGUGUUGCCAGUCUCUGUGGAAGAGUAUCAAGUCGGGCAGCUGUACUCUGUGGCUGAGGCCAGCAAGAAUGAGACAGGAGGAGGAGAAGGCAUUGAGGUGCUGAAGAAUGAGCCCUAUGAGAAGGAUGGGGAGAAGGGACAAUAUACACAUAAAAUAUACCAUCUAAAGAGUAAAGUCCCGGGAUAUGUGAAGAUGAUUGCACCAGAGGGAGCAUUAGUUUUUCACGAAAAGGCUUGGAACGCCUACCCAUACUGUCGCACCAUUGUGACGAAUGAAUACAUGAAGGACGACUUUAUGAUAAAGAUUGAGACGUGGCACAAACCUGACAUGGGAACAGUAGAAAAUGUCCAUGACCUGGAUGAGCAGACAUGGCCAACUGUGGAGGUGGUGCCCAUAGAUAUUGCGAGCAAAGACGAAGUGGCUUCUGGGGACUACAAGCCAGAGGAAGAUCCUGCUCUUUUCCACUCUGCCAAGACGGGCAGAGGACCUCUAGGCCCUGAAUGGAAGAAUGAGCUGAAGACAGAUUGUCCCUACAUGUGCGCAUACAAACUGGUCACUGUCAAGUUCAGAUGGUGGGGUCUGCAGACCAAAGUGGAAAACUUCAUUCACAGGCAAGAAAAGCGUAUUUUCACCAACUUCCACCGCCAGCUGUUCUGCUGGAUUGACAAAUGGGUGGGUUUGACCAUGGAGGACAUCAGGAGGAUGGAAGAGGAAACUCAGAAAGAGCUGGAAGAGCUGCGUAAAACAGGUCCGAUUCGAGGCACCAGUGCUGCUCAUGAGCAAUGAGGCAAAUCAACCAAACCCUGUCAUGAUGAUGUCAUCGGAGACACGCCCACCACGCUGAGGAAGUGGCCCCCGACGUCGCCUCUUCUGUCUCUUCUGUCUCACGUGAUUCAUUGGGGGGUUUGACACGAUUGGUUAACAGUACUGUACAGAUCCUCCCCCAAUCACACACCUCCUGUUCACUCAGAAAACAACAAAAAAAAAAUUCAACAAUUUUGCAUACAUAUAAAAAGAAAAAAAAAUUCUUUGCACAGAACGUAAAUUGCCUGAUAUGUAAUUGUUAGUUGAUCAUUACAAUGGGCUUUGUUUUUAUUCAGGUGUGUAAACCGUGACUCAAACAGUCAAGCCUUUUAAAUUCAUUAGAAUGUUGUUUUUAGCUCCGAUAACAAUUAGUACGACUUCAGCCGGUAUUGGACCAUUUAUCCCUCCCCUCCCUUGUAUUAUAACUGUUUGUCUCUACUUUAGUCCUUGUCUCUCCUUUCAGUAUUGUCUGUACUCUUGUCCUGGGAAAAGUUUGUCUCAAAUCCUUCCCCCUUUGUCUCGCUGUCCCUCUGUCUGGCAGUUGGUUGGGAAUAUUUCUGUUAUGAUUUCGAGGCAGAUCCAAGCAGAUAUAAUGCUCAUGCAUGAUAGAUAAUUCUUUGCUAUUGUUUUCCCCACACAUGCACACCGACCCUCCUUCUCCUCAUCUUCCUCCUCCUCCGUCACAAGUGCAUGUGGACAACAGCGACUCCUCACUUAAACUGUCAUUGCAUGGUCGCUGCAAUGCAGCUUCGCUCAAGUGGACUGUAUGUGUUGACCAGAGAGCGGGUUAGCGCCCUCUAGGAGAGUCUGUACAAUACACUCGUGUGCAUAUGUGUGCUUGUUUGUGUUUUCAACUGCCUUCACUCUCAAAGGACUGUCACUCUUGGGACUGAGAUGGAUAACGUUCAGCUUAAAAUCGAGGCUUGUAAACUUGGCCUCCUGAACUUUGCCUCAUGCUGUUGCUGCAUGGCCUUCCUCCUUGGCUAGGGCUUUAACUGGAGAUCUCCCAUAGCCUCCACGGAAGCUUUUUUCUUUUCUUUUUCCUUUUUAAAAAAAAAAAAAAAAAAGACACAAAUAAGGAUGAGAGUGUGCGUUGCUGCGUGCAUGAAUCCAGGUAGUUUUUUUUAUAUCUUUCUCAAACUACUGUUUCCUCUCUCAACUGACAGAACAAAUGGGUCCAGGCAGAUCUGCCAGGUUUGUUGCAUUCUGGGUGUUUAGUUUUUUUUUUUUAUUUUCACCAUGUAUAGUGAUUUUUUUUUUUUUUUUUUUUUUUUUUUUUUUUUUUUUAAAAGCUUUUCAUCCACAAGAAAAUAUGAGAUCAGUCUGGACUUUUGUGGACUGUUUCUAGUUAAGGAUGAAAUUGCUUCGGUUAAAUAAACUGCAGUUCAGAUCGGUGUUGGGUGAUCUAGUUUGAGCGUCUUUAUCCAGCUCACUACUUUUUGUUUUGAAUUUUUCCAUUUAGGGUUUUUUUUUUUUUUUUUUUUGUGGCUGCAUUGACGAGGUUUUAUCACAGCAGAAGCUCUUUGUCUUGAGCUUAGCGCAGAUCCUGUCGAAUUCUAGGAAAAAAGAUAUUUAGUGAUGUUUUAUAUGAUCAUGACGUAGCUUUGUUAAGACUUUGGAUCAGGUGCGUGUCUCCAAAAUUCUUAGGUUUGUGUUAUAACCUAUAUGUCUUGAAAAGAGAAUUAUAAGUGUACUUUAUGAUAGGCCCAUUAUAGAAGUGGACAAACUGUACAUACACACACUGACUUGAAUGGGAUAUUCACAGGUUUGUCAUUCAAUACUGUACUGCUAAUUCUAGGGAGGUUAUACUGUUGUGAAAGCAGGUAACGGACGGCGUGCUGUGUUGGUUUAACUGUACCUCAUCCAUGCUUAUGAAUGUACAGCUGCAUAGAUGAGCUGAUAGAUGUUGCAGGAUGUGUCACACCUGUACAAGCAUGACAUGGACCCAUUUUAUCACCAGUACAUGAGGACAAAUGGAUUUACUAAAACACUAGAUUUGCAUGCUCAGCAUUUUCUUUAACUCUUUACAUUUUCUUCUCUGAUCAUGUUUGAGCUGAGCUUUAGAGCAGCUCUCAGACAAGAAGGGAAAUGUCCUUUACGUGGUCGGCUUCUCCUCAACAUCAAACUGGACUAAGCUCGACCUCAGAUUCACAGACGAGGAGUGAAAAGCCGGAGUGAGUUUGAUGCUGAUGGAGAGUCGCUCUGCAGGCUGUGUAAUGUACAGAUUUGUAGCAUUACCAGUGAUGCCAGCCAGACUGUGAGGGGAGGGAUAGAAGCUUAGGGAACAGAUGGAGUCCAAAAUACUGUUUUCUUUAUGUAAUCCUGAAUAAGCACUUGCAAAAUCUACUGUUGUUUUUCUUUUGUUUUCUCUUUUUUUGUUUGUUUUUGAAAGACAAAGAUUUACAGUGUAUUCAAUUUUCUCUUUUCUGAUAAGGCAACAUUCAGGGGAAUUAGUAGUGAAUGUAAUACAAUUAGUUCCUUUUUUCUUUUUCACAGCUUUCCAGCUGUGACAGAAGGUCUAGACAAUGGAACAUAACAGAAUAUCUAAUAAAUUUGAACAAAUAAGAGAAUCGGCUCACUGA